GCUGUGUCUGGUUAGUUUGUGAUUUCGCAUCAAGUGUGCAGCAUAUUUCAGCCCAGUACAUUAGCAGCUACAGAUUUCAAGAUGUUUCCAUCUUUAGUGAAGAAAAUGACUAAAAAAAAGGUGUUUGAUGACACUAAUAUUUCUCAGAGUAGUCUAGCCAGAGUACUUACACUUUUUGAUCUCAUUGCACUGGGUGCUGGCAGCACACUUGGCCUUGGUGCAUAUGUCGUGUCUGGAUCUGUGUCAAGAAAUGAAGCUGGUCCAGCAAUAGCAAUCUCAUUUCUCAUUGCAGCUGUUGCAUCAUUGUUGGCAGGUUUGUGUUAUGCCGAGUUUGCAGCUCGAGUUCCUCGUGCAGGAUCUGCUUACAUUUACAGUUAUGUUACUGUAGGUGAAUUUAUAGCCUUUCUCAUAGGUUGGAAUCUCAUUCUGGAAUAUGUGAUAGGUGCAGCUAGUGUAGCUAGAGGUCUCACUGGAUAUAUUGACUCAUUAGUAAAUAAUUCUAUUUCAAAUGCUUGCAGGCAAGCAAUGCCAAUUAAUAUUGACUUUUUAUCUGAUUAUCCAGAUUUUUUGGCAUUUGGACUAACUUUUCUCCUCACAGUUCUUCUGGCGUUUGGUGUGAAGGAGUCAUCAAUCAUUAGCAACAUAAUGGGUGUAGCUAAUAUUGGUGUUUUAACUUUUGCCAUCAUUGCCGGUGCAUUGAAAGGUAAUAUAGAUAACUGGCAAAUACAAAAGAAUGAAAUACCUGACAUUUAUUAUGGUGGUGAAGGUGGAUAUGUACCAUUUGGAAUUGCUGGAAUUAUCAAAGGAGCAGCGACUUGUUUUUAUGCUUUUGUUGGCUUUGAUGCUGUAGCUACAACAGGAGAGGAAGCUCUAAAUCCGAAGCGAAACAUUCCUUUGUCUAUUAUAAUCUCGCUGUUUAUUGUCUUUUGUUACUACUUUGGAAUUUCAUCGGUGCUUACCCUUAUGCUUCCCUACUACCAACAGGAUACAAGUGCCCCACUAUCAUAUGCAUUUCAAGAGGUUGGUUGGGACUGGGCAGCAUGGAUCGUAAGUGUGGGAGCAAUAUUUGGUCUUGGAGCAAGCUUCCUUGGAGCAAUGUUUCCACUUCCACGGAUAAUCUAUGCUAUGUCUGAAGACCGUUUGCUAUUUCCAUUCUUGGGAAAGGUACAUCACAGAUUUAAAACUCCUUUCAUUGGAACCAUUUGUGCUGGGAUUAUCACUGCUUUUAUGGCACUCAUCUUCAAUGUGGAUCAGCUAGUUAGCAUGCUAUCAAUAGGAACAUUGACAGCAUAUUCUAUGGUCUCUGCAUGUGUGCUACUGUUAAGGUAUACAGGAGAAACUGAAGACCAUCUACAAAUUGAGGAGGAAGAUGCUGGGAAACAAAACACAGAUUCAGCUGAAGGAACCAGAAUUAAACAAUCAAAUAUUAAAGCCACUGUGAGACAAAUACUAAACAUUGACAAAUUUAAAAGGCCAACAAAAUUAUCAACAAAAAUUGUUGCUUAUGAAAUUGUGUUAUAUUUAAUCUUAUGCAUCCUGACAUCACAGCUUGUGAUACAAGCAGGCUCAUCUAUUGAAGCAGUAGACCCAUUGGCCAUAUCAGGUCUCAUUAUUGUUUUACUGUGUAUUGUCUGUAUAUUGAUUUCCAUUGGACGGCAACCAGUGUCAAAAAAGGAAUUAACUUUUAAGGUACCAUUUAUACCAAUUCUGCCUGCAAUAUGUAUUUUUGUCAACACUUAUUUAAUGAUGAUGUUGGAUGUAUUCACAUGGAUCCGAUUUGGUGUAUGGCUCAUCAUAGGGCUCUUGAUUUACUUCACAAUUGGUUACUGUAUCAGUGACCCAAAGGACAAAAACACAAAUGAUGUUACUGCACAGGGUCUGGAUAAUUUGGCAUACAUGGAAAAUGCUGAAUGAGCUCUAUUGCUGCUACAAUAAUGUAACUGGAUAAACACAAAUCAUCAUGGGAAAAAAAACUUUGUAACUUUGCUGCUUCUAUCUGUAUUUGUUUUUUAUUAAUUUGUAAUGUUUAACAAUUUGCAAAUAUAUUUAUUCAGUUACUUUUUUAAUACAAA